AUGGAGCUCCAACCAGCGGACGCAAGCGCGCGCAGAGACGAGCUGUACUGGGUGCGCGCGGCGCGGCUGCUCUUCUCCGCCGCGCCCGAGCACCUCUUCGCUCCCCACUUCAAAGCGCUGUGGAAUCGGCGCUAUCCGGAUCUGCCGUGGGACGCAUCGCGAGGCGGCCUCCUGGUCGACGGCUCGCCGUCCUUUGAGCUCGAGCUCCCCGGCUCCGUGACAUUCGAGCGCGGCUCGGCGUCGAUCAUGCUGACCGCAGAGGAUUUCAGCGGCCUCCUCCCUCCGCGCGUUCGCUUUACGCUGCGUGCGCCGGGCGGCUUGCUGCUGGGCGAAUACCGCGUGACGCCGGGCAAGCCUGCUGCCGAGUACAACACGUCGCGGCUGCCUGUCGAUCCCGCCUGCAGCGGCCCGUUCGCGGUGGAGCUGCGAGUGCUGCGUCAAAGGGUGCUCGGCUGCCGGCCCAGCUCGGAGGCUACAAAGGGCAACGCGCCCGACAAGCUGAGGGCGGGGCUGCCGGAGAAGUGGGACGGCGGGCUGCAUCUCAGCGUCUGGACAGACCGUUGGCUCGACUUGGGCUGCCCGGCGCCGCUGCAGGACGACCUCAAAAAAAUUAACGACUUCCGAAACAAGCUCAUCGCGCACGCCGCCAACCCCGGCCGGCUCUCGUUACCGCUGGGGGAGUACCGGCGGCUUCGCUCGAUGCUUCAGAGGUUUGCACAAGACCACGUGAAGGCGCUGGACGCCUCGUCGUGCGAGGCGAUGCUGCGGGCUAUCGACGCAGUGAACGGCAUGACGUUUCAGACGUCGGCGCUUGAGGAGAUGCGGUUGGAGGCGCAGCAGCUGCAGCAGCAGGUGCAACAGCAGGCGGAGGAGACGCGACAGGAGGUGCAGCGUCUGGUUCAGGUGGUGAAGGAUGAUGGCUCGAGCACACGCAAUGCUCUGCGGCAGUUGCGAGACGGGCUGGCCGGGUUGGAGGGGGCGCUGAAGGACGCGCCAGAGGCCAUGGAGGAGGCAUUCUGUUUCGUCGCGAGGAGAGAGCUCGCGCUCACGAUUCACCAUUCGAGGGAUCGGCAGGUGCACGUUCACGAGCGGGUGCGUCAGCAGCUCAUGUCGGAGCGGAUCCGUCCGACGUACGAGCAGGCUGAGUGCGUUGUGCUGCACGAGGUGGACGACCACAGCCAGGGGCGCGACUUUCAGAAGCACUCCGGUGUCGAGUACGUCAUCACGGCGAGCGCGUCCGACUCGACCGAGCUGAUUGUGACGGAUUUCUGCCGGAACUUUUACCAUUUCCUCGUCAGCAAGCCCUUAGCCGAGGCGUUCAAAAUCACUAUGUCGCAGCUGUGGAUCGAUCACCAGACGGACCCCUUCAAGCUGUGGCCCCUAAAGGAACGCGUCGUUUUGCAGUACGCCGCGGCCGGCGCCGCAGCCGCCGGCGUACUGGCGCUCUCCCUGGGCGCCGUCAAGCUUUAUAGGGGUUCUGUGAUCGUCGAGAUCGAACUUAACUUCGGCGCGGCGCAGGAGCUGGUCGCGAGGGCGCGGGUGGGCGCGUUGAAUGAUUUCGUUUGCCUCGUGCGCGCCGAUUCGGACGAGCCGCCAGUGUGGCGGCGCGAGCCCGAGGCUGCGCUUGACAGGCAGCUGCAGCUGCGCCGGCUCGCGCGCUCCAUCUCGGCAGCCAGCGUGCCGAGCAGCGUGCCCCAGCUCCGGCAGGUCCCAGCGUGGGGGCAGACCACCGCCGCUGUCGCAGAGGAGGAGGUCUACUUUGACCUCAUUCUCCGCGCGCCCGGCGCCGGCGGCUUGCUCGACGACUCGAGUUUCCUCAAGCUCGCGCAGCGGCUCGGUUGCAAGCUCUGCGAAGGCGGCGGUGAAGGCGGCGGUGGCAGCAGCAGCAGCGACGCUGCUGGCGGCGGCGACGCUGCCGCUAGCGCGAUCGUCGAUGGUUUCCACAGGACCGGCGACAGUGACUCGCUGCGCAUACGCUUCCGGCUGCAUAACGUGCGGCAGCUGCACGCCUUGCGCGACGACCUCUUACUGCGCGACGACAGCGCGGGGGCGCGCAAGCUCUGCGAAGGCGGCGGUGAAGGCGGCGGUGGCAGCAGCAGCAGCGACGCUGCUGGCGGCGGCGACGCUGCCGCUAGCGCGAUCGUCGAUGGUUUCCACAGGACCGGCGACAGUGACUCGCUGCGCAUACGCCUCCGGCUGCAUAACGUGCGGCAGCUGCACGCCUUGCGCGACGACCUCUUACUGCGCGACGACAGCGCGGGGGCGCCAGGCCUCGACGCGACGCUCGUAAAGCGCCUCCUCGGCCCGGGGGCAUUUGCGGAGCUGGCCAGCGUGAGCGCGGAGACUUCGUGGUCGUUUGACUCGACGCCGCUCGUCGAGUCGUACGAGAUGGCGGUCCUGCAGCUGCACGAGCUCACCGACCGGCAGCAAGAGGCGUGCUCCGCGUGCAAGGCGCAGCUCCGAGCGCUCAGCGGCGGGGCAGGCACGGUUCGCUUGGACGGGCCGCCCGGCACCGGCAAGACGUUUGUCGCCUGCCACCUCCUCCUCAAGCAGCUGGAGGAGCCGGGCGAGAUCGUCUUUGUCUGUCGCAAGCGAGCGCUGGCACUGUUUGUCGCGGGAUGGCUGUGCGUGCGGCGCGUCUCGUCCUCGCGAGAGGCGCGGUCCGCGAUGCUCCGCCGCAUGCGCUUCGUCUUCGAGGCGCGUGACGGGCGCCCAUGCGCCCACGCGCUCUCGCUCGGCCCGGGGCAGAUCGACGCAGCUGUCGACGAGGCUUGGCCCUUGCCCGCGGCGUCGCUCGUCAUCGUCGACGAGGCGCACCACCUCUACGCAGCGCCGCAGUGGGAGCAGUGGAAGCCGAUGCUGGCCUCGAUGCCGGCCGCCCCGUGCUUGUUGCUCGGCGACGACUCGCAGGCAACCGCUCGCACCGCGUACCCCUCGGAGCUGGGUGCCGUGCGUUUGACGGAGGUUGUGCGCUGCACGCCGCGCAUCAGCCUUGGCUGCUCCGACUUUGCUUUGCGGCACAACCAAGACGGCAUCUCCAGCGCGCACGCCCGUCCAGGCCCGCCGCUCGAGGCUCGCUUCUUUGCGGCUGGCGCCGAGGCGACGUACGCCACCGAGAUAGCGGCAGCGGUGAAGCAGCUGGCAGAGCGCUUUCCCGGGGACGGCCUUCUCGACGACCGCGUGGCGAUCCUGGUGCGGGACGCGCCCUUUGCUGAAGGCAUCAAAGCCUCGCUCGGGGCAGCGCUCGCGUCCAAUUUUGAGUGUACGCGGCGGCGCUUCUCUCUCAUCGACGCGGAGGAGGCUGCGGCGACGCUCUUCUGCUCGGCGGUACGCGGAGGCAGCGAGCGCCUCGUGCUCUCCUCGAUCGACGACUUUGACGGACUCGAGCGCCUCUUUGUGAUCGUCGCCGGCAUGGACGCGACGGGCGACGACGUCCCCGUCGCACGCUCGCGCCUCUAUCGCGGUAUUUCGCGAGCGCACAUGCACGUGACGCUGGUGGAGGAGGAGCGCGCGGGCGGCCUGACCGAGUGGUUGCGCGGAGUGCGGCUGGAGGGCGAGUUUGAUAACAAGGUGGAGAAGGCACGGCGCAAGGACGGGGCAGCCGAGGCUGCGUGCGAGGCAGCGGAAGGCGCCGCCUCCAAAUCGGCCUCAUCGAGCGGGAAACCAGCGCUCGAGCAGAGUUCUAGCCGACGAGCGCGUGGACCCAAACAUGGCCGACCAGGAUGGUUGCACCUCGGCCGCCUCGGCCGCCUCGGCCGCCUCGGCCGCCCCGGCGGCACGGAGUCCUUCGCACCGACCACGCCUUCUGCGCAGGACUCAUCCAAGGUGCCGCCAGCACCCACGAUGCAGGCAGUCUGGGAUUCGUACGGGAGCACGGGGGCGCCGCAAGAGGGUUGGACCCCCCUUGCGGCGGCGGCGGUGGCGAUCGAACGGCCCGCGCAGGAGGCGCUCGACGCGUUCUGGAGGAAGGUUGGGUCGUCGGAGGCGGAGGUGCGGAGAUCGACUUCUUUGGACUGGAGCGAAAAGCGCCUCGACGACGGCGAUGCUCGGAUCGUUGCCUACCUGCUGCUGAGCCCCCGUGCUCCUUACCUGACGACGACGACGGCGGUGCUGACCGAUUUGAACCUCUACUGGAACGGGAUUGGCGACGAGGGCGCCACUGCGAUCGCCGAGGCGCUGCGCGGCAACGGGGUGCUGACCCACCUGAGCCUCCACUCCAACGAGAUCCGCGGCGAGGGCGCCAAGGCGCUGGCCUCCGCUCUUCGCGUCAACGGGGUGCUGACCACCCUCAACCUCCGCUACAACGGCAUCGGCGCCGAGGGUGCCAAGGCGCUGGCCUCCGCUCUGCGCGUCAACGAGGUAUUGACCACCCUCGAUAUCGGAGAGAAUGACAUCGGCGACGAGGGUGCCAAGGCGAUCGGCGAGGCGCUCGCGGUCAAUGGGGUGCUGAACGUCCUCGAUAUCAGCCGCAACGACAUCGGCCCCGAGGGCGGUCUCGCGAUCGGCGAGGCACUCGCAGUCAACGGGGUGCUGACCAAGCUGAACCUGCUGUACAACAGUUUGGGCGACGAGGGAGAGAAAGCGAUUCGCGAUGCGAUUGGCGACGAGGGUGGCGUCGCGAUCGCCGAGGCGCUGCGCGUCAACGGGGUGCUGACCACCCUCGUGCUCAGCUAUAACGGCAUCGGCCCCACCGGCGCCACCGCGAUCGCCGAGGCUAGAGGGCCCACAGCGUCCUAA